CUUGAAACUUAUCUCAUCCCAAUAAAUAAUUAACACAACACUGUUAAUAUCGACUACCCCAUGUUGACUUAGCGAUAUCACGAUUGUCAUCAACCUGGAGAGCAAGUCUGCCUCGCUUGCAACAGGUCAAACGAUCCCAAAUACUGUUAAAAUUAGCAAACCUCGCUGUAUGUACCUGACCUCAUGCCCAGGGCACACUAGCUCUAUUUCUCAUUCGUUCGACGUGUCUCUGCACAGCCCUCCACACCAUUCUGGCCCUACAUAAACGUAUCCCACAGGAAGGGAGAAUCUUGCGCGUUUAGACGCCUCUACUGUACUGUAGUACAUCAGAUCUGACGCACCAAAUCCCGUUUCGUGUGGUUGGCCUUUUAAUUGGUAUUCUGGAUGAAAAGGGACCACCCACAUACUACACAGAGUACAACUCCCGUCCCUUACAUUCAAAACUACUAAGGUACCUACGGGCCAGCACUAGGUAGGCGCCCGGCUUUCGCCCUCUCUCUCUUCUCGUCCCAAUAGAAGCUACCAAGAGCGGAAUCUUCCAGAGUAACAUAAAUUGUCAGAGUCCUGGCCCCUAGACCAGGUUUAGCUCCUAUCGACGCUGCUUGCUUUUCUUCGUGCCGUUGUGCUGUGGUACGGAUUACAGGACAAUACCCGCCCGCCAACCGCAACCCACCCGCCGCAACCCAAGCAACUCAUCUCCACCAUCAUCUUCGUCUGCGCACCCAACGGACUACAGCAGCAUUCCCCAUCCUCCAUAUCAUACACAAAACAAUACCGAUUUUCUACACGUCGCAUUCAUCUACUUCGAACUACACCGUUCCCGCCCAAACUGCGCGUUUCGCAACCCCUUCCACGCGUCGGCCGCCGUGAUAGGACAGUCCCCCGCCCAUUGCAUCACCUUGAAAGCGCACAGCCCCCGGCAUCGCCACGGUGCCUGAAGGCUGACUCCAGAGUCUGCCUUGUCUACACUAUUCUACAGUACUUCGUCUGCUUCUAAACUCGGAAACAUCAUGGAUCAACAAGCUCAACGAGGCCGGUCCCCUUCGACUGGCACUGGCCAUCAACAGCCUCAUAUAAACCAUUCUCAUUCCCCGUCGCCGGCGCCCUAUCAGCAUAACGAUCCAUCCAUUGGCCUUGGUCUCACUCUCGACCAGUCCGCUCAACAAUCUUACGAGGCCUUCAACAGUUCAGGUUUUCUCAGUCCUCAGCAAUCGCCUUCUUUCCUUCCUCCUGCGCAUCAACAGAGCAACUCCUUCGCUCAAGCCAACUUGUCCGACCCCGCUAUUCUCGACCCCAAUAACACCACCUCAUUCGGACAGCAGCCUGCCAGCUCCAACACUUCGCUACCCUUCAAUAACCAGGCUCAGGCAGCUUACCUGUCGCCGAACCUUAACGAUAACGACUUCUCUCUCUUUCCGAAUACUAGUGGCCAGGGCGACCAGUUCAACGCCCCCUUGUUUGACCAGUCUACCCUCAACCCUAACGACAUGAAUACCAUGGCGUCGCAAGGGCAUCACUCGCCCACCCCUCCUCAUCUAUUCCAGCACGAUGCUCAACAACCUGGUUCUGCUCACCAGUCGCCCGCCUUUAACCAGCACCAGUUCUCUUCACCACCCAACCAUUCGCGACAUACUUCACUCGGCCCAGCAGAUGCUUUGCUCCCAAACCAGAUAGCUGAUUGGAAUCAGCCUCAAUUCCAGCGCCACCGUCGCACGCCCUCUGAGUACUCAGACGUCUCGUCCGUGGCACCAUCACCGAACCUUGUUAGUGCCGAGUCCUUUGAGACUGAUAUUGGUGGGCACUCGCCCGCACACCAUCCUUCUGAUGGCAGUCUGUAUCAAGAGGUUUUGAGUAUGGGUAACUUUAGUCUCUCCGACCCUCAAGUCGGUGGUAGUCCUGGACACCAGGGUCGUAGUCCUUCCCAUAGUCCCGCAAUCAGCCCUCGCAUUGUUCCUCAGCAGAUGCCGGACCUGAACCAGCUGAAUCAAAACAGUUUUGGUUUGGCAGGUACUCACAAUCCAUAUGGAGUUCCCUCUACCUAUCCUGACGUUUCAGCGCCCGUCGAGGCCUUCCCUUCCCUCCAGCCUUCGGGCGCUGAUUUGUCGUCGAUGGCCCCUCCUGCGAUCAACAUUGACUUUGCGCCUACAAACGCUAAACAAGGUGCUUUUGAUACUCCCAAGUCUCGUAUGGAUCAGGAUUCUCUGACCCCUCCAGACAGAGGUCGCCCCCGAUCCCGUCCACGUGCAGUGACAGACCCUUUCCAUCCCGGAGGCGGUCUGCUAGGUCGCCAAGGAAAUUCCAACAUCGUCUCACCUUCCCUAGGCGCCGACUUAGCAGCAAGAGCAGACUCCAGAUCUUUAUCUCCUCUGGACAGGCAAGGAGGGACUUCACCGUCCAGGAGAAGACAGUCCACCUCAGCUGUACCCAACAACGUUAUCGCUCUCAGACUGGCCGAUCCUGAGUACCAGAACAACCAGGACAGCGGGGCUGCCAAGCGGGUUCAGAAACACCCUGCCACUUUCCAGUGCACAUUGUGUCCCAAACGAUUUACGCGUGCUUAUAAUUUGCGUUCACAUCUGAGAACGCACACAGACGAGCGUCCUUUUGUGUGUACAGUGUGCGGAAAGGCAUUUGCUAGGCAACACGAUCGCAAGCGACACGAGAGUCUCCACUCCGGAGAAAAGAAGUUUGUAUGCAAAGGCGAUCUCAAGGUUGGAGGUCAAUGGGGAUGUGGGAGAAGAUUUGCUCGUGCCGAUGCUCUAGGCCGUCAUUUUAGGUCCGAAGCUGGCCGCAUCUGCAUCAAGCCUCUAUUGGAUGAAGAAAUGAUGGAACGACAGCGACUCUGGCAACAACAACGGAUGCAGCAGAACAUGGCGCAGAGCAUGGCCGUUGCAUCCACUAUGCCAAUGGAUGGCCCUAUUUAUCCUAUGGAUCCCUCUGGCAACCCAAUGCUUCCAGCGGCUCUCUUGGCCCAGUAUCCUGCAUUAGCUCAGCUGAACUGGUCUGCACCUGAUGUGAACGCUGGCAUGGACGACGAGGUUAGUGGUCGUUCAUCCUUUGAUGCCAGCGACUAUGACGAAAACGAAGACGGUGGGUAUGUGAGUGGCCCAGGCACGGGGUUUGGUGAGGGUGGGAUGGGCCAAGGCUUUGGUGAAAUGGGAUACGCGAGCGACUUCGGGGGCCGGUAAAAAUGGGAUCACUGGCCAUAAGAACAUGCAUACAUUGUUGACGCGAUCAAUGCCCCCCCUUUUGUUUCUUUUUCUUUUUCAGUUAUCGGCGUUCUUUACCUUGCGCCUUGCUCCUUUCUCUAUCCCUCGAGGAAUCUUUGGUUUCUACUUCACAGACGUCUUUUGGAUAUGCUAGAUGCGACGUGGUUACUGCAUCACAACGAUUAUACAUACAAUUGGAUCCGGCGUGAUUUUGAUCAUUUUUUGUUUCCUAUUUUCUUGGGAGGAGUGCUUGGGUAUAGACGAUAUGCGCAUAGAUACCAAAUCUAGUCUGUUCUGUUCAUUCAAUAUGACGUGUUUUAUUUGUUAUUUCUCGUUCCGUUUGACUAGGUUUCAUAGGUAGCUGAAGCUUGCUUUCAGAUCUCGAUCUGCAUGUGGCCAUACAUUCUGGCAGUUGAUCAGACAAUAUCAACAAGUAUAGUAAAGAUUUUGAUUACUUGAAAACAGAAAUGGUACUUGGCCAUCCAAGCAGACAGUAUGAACGAUAUCGACAUCUAGGUUACACCACAC